UUCUAUUUUCUAAAAUAAAUAAAAACAAAGCAUUUAAAAAAUACAAUAGUGAGAGGACAGCACAAAUAAUAUGCAUCAUUGACAUACAGACAAUUCAGCUAACAAACAUGAGUGAACUCACACCUGAUCAGAUACGUUCAAGAAGGUUAGCACGGCUUGGUGGUAACAAUUUAACACCAACAAAUACAACUCCACAAAGAAUAAUUAAUUCACAGAAUGGAGGAGGAGGGUUAGCUUUAGAUUUUGCAUCACCUACUACUCAAUACAUGGAUACUGUUAGUCCUGCUUCUAAUAAUGCUUUAUAUGGAUCUUCUCCCGCCAUGCCUAGUUCACUAGAUAGUGGGUAUAGCUCUCAACCUAUGGAAAUAGAAGAUAACAUUAGCAAAAUUGUGGCUGAUAAAAAUAACUUGAAUAAUAAACGUCCCUUUCUUACCAAUACACCACCAAGGGACGGCAAGCUGCUUCGCACAGAAGAAAAGAGUGCAAUACCAGUUCCUUUGUCUGCAAUUUUAGCAUCCAUAGGUCGCAUUUUUCUUGUAAACUUACGUGAAACCGGCAAUGAUGAUUUUACCUAUCACCAAGAUAUUGCAGAACAAAUCUAUGAGCGGGAUAGUAUUCGUACUGAUCUAAGUUUAAAGGAUAUAAUUCAACAAAUUCUCACUAUGCAAAUUAUUCACACCUCUCAUCAGUUGUCUACGACAAACUCACCCAUUGAUACUGAUAUUAUCAUCCCACAAUCUUUACCGACUGGAAGUACCUUGCCUGAUUCUAUGAAUCCCACCAAAGCCUUGUCAGAAACAGAUAUAACUGAUAAAGUUCACGAGCUAUCAAAUGUGCCAUGCGUACCUAAGUUGAAAAUUGAUUGUUCUUCAUGGGAGUCAAGAACGGCUGUGUUUAAAUAUUUGCUUGCAUCUUUUUCACGUGUCUCAUCCGAAGAGAUAAUGAACCCAAAGCGAACUUCAGAUGAACGUUGGAAGGAGACGUUAAAGAAUAUUCAAAAUAUCUGUGUCAAAUACUCAUUGUUAAUAUUGCAGGGAAAGCUUGCUAAAAAAAGAAUGAAAAAUGCCAGUAGCCUACUUACUCAUUUUCUAUUGGAGGAGCAUGACUUUUUACCAAGAGAAUUUCUAACAAAUCUGGUGCAGCUAACAAAUUCAAAAGAUGGCUGUCUUAAAGAAAUUUUUCUGCCUGUCUUAUUCUCACUUUUUGAGAAAAUAAACAGUUGUACAUUAGCAAAUGAUAGUUACAAGAAACCUUUAGCUGCUCUAAGCGAGUUAUGUGAAAUAAAAGGUUCAACCUCAUCUCGGCCUAUAUGUGGCCUGUUAACAAAACUUAACAACUGGUUACCUGAACCAGUGUCUAGAGCAGGUGGUCGUGAAAUACAAAGGUUGUCCUAUUUAGGCCCAUUCCUUCAACUUUCUGUUUUUGCGGAUGAAGAUCCAAGAGUUGCAAAAAAAUAUUUUCCUGACGGAAAACCUUGGUCUGAUCAUGCUCAAUUGAUACGAACAACAUUAAGAGUGUCAUUACAACAUGUCCGUUCUGAAAUGUUUAAAGUCGUUCAUAGUAUAUUAGUAUCACCAGAUGUUCGAGAGUCCUGCUUAAACUAUUUAUCUGCUGUUCUAACAAGAAAUGCUAAAAAAGCACAAAUUCAGGCUGAUGAAAAGCUUCUUGCUACAGAUGGCUUCAUGAUGAAUGUACUGUCUAUUCUGCAGCAGCUUUCUGUUAAAGUAAAACUAGAAAAAAUUGAUAAACUGUAUUUAAUGAAUCCUCAGUGCAAACUAGAUAUGACAAAUUUUUCCACAAUAAAAGCUUCUAAAGAAGAAAUGGAAGAAUGGAAGAAAAAAAUAGAGAAAAACAUAGGAUGGACUGAACCAAAAUUUCCCACGGAGUGCUUCUUCUUUACAUAUUAUGCUCAUCACAUAUCCAUCAUCCCAUGCAUGCGGAAAUACAUUCAAAGAAUGCGUGCUAUAAGAGAUAUCAACAAGCUUAUAAACGAAUUGGAAUCACAUGAACCAGAAUGGAAACAUACCUCACUAGCAGCAAGAAACCGAUUACUGCUGAAAAAAUGGAAAGAACAAAUCAAGACAUUGGUUGAACAAGAUGCAUGUGCUGUAGCUGGGCUGGUGGAUGAAAGUUUAAUGAGAAGAUGUUUACGCUUUUAUAGUAAUGCUGCAGAUUGGCUACUUGAUCUUAUAACACAGGGAAAAAGAGAAGCUUCUACGUUCCCCUUACCUAAGGAUGUACCAUUAGAGUUUGGAGGCUUGCCUGAUUACUUCAUAGAAGAUUUUGUUGAGUUCUUGCUCUUUGUUGAUAUACACAUGCCACAAAUUAUGGAUGAUGUUUUGCUGGAAAGCUUUAUUCCGUUGAUGAUUAUCCUGAUAUGUAAUCACCACUAUAUAGCCAAUCCAUAUUUGGUGGCUAAACUUGUUGAGUUGUUAUUUGCAAUGGACCCUUCACUUCAGCCUCGUGCCAGAACUCUGUAUGAAAAGUUUGCAUCAAAUACUAUCGGUGAACUUUAUCUUAUGCAAGCUCUUAUCAAAUUUUAUUCAGACGUGGAAACAACAGGCAGCUCGAAUGAGUUUUAUGAUAAGUUUGGAAUUCGUUAUCAUAUUUCAAUAAUACUAAAGGGUCUGUGGAAGAGACCCAUGCAUAAACUAGCUAUCAUUAAUGAAAGCAGAACUGACAAUUUCACUCGCUUUAUAAACAUGCUAAUCAACGAUACAACGUUUCUGCUGGAUGAAUCCAUUGACACAUUAAAAAACAUCCAUGACACACAAGAACUCAUGUCCAAUAAAGUUGAGUGGGAGCAGUUACCACGAGAGAUUCGAACAUCUCGCCAACGACAACUUGCAACAGAUGAACGACAGUGUAAAUCAUAUUUAACCUUAGCUACAGAAACUGUUGAUAUGUUGCAUUACCUGACAUUAGAAAUUAAAGAACCAUUUUUUCAAAAGGAACUUGCACAUAGGUUAUCUGUUAUGUUGAACUACAAUGUGAAACAAUUUACUGGUGCUAAGUAUCAAAAUUUAAAGGUUCGCAAUCCAACGAAAUAUGGUUUUGAUCCUAAGAAGCUACUUGACAAAAUCACUGACAUAUACAUCCAUUUGGAUUCUGAUGAAUUUGCUGCAGCAGUUUCUGAGGACGAGAGAUCUUAUCGUAAAGAAUUAUUUGAUGAUUGUAUAAGUUUACUCCAAAGAACGAACCUAAAAACUGAGUUGGAAGUUAAUAAAUUGAUAAGCUUUGCACAAAGAGUGGAAGAAAUUACUGUUGAAAAUAAUAAAAAUGCAAUGGAUUUAGAUGAUGCUCCAGAUGAAUUUAGAGACCCCCUGAUGGAUACUGUUAUGCUGGAUCCAGUGGAACUUCCCAGUGGUACCAUUAUGGAUCGAUCUGUUAUUAAUCGUCAUCUUUUAAAUUCGAACACAGACCCUUUCAGCCGACAGAAGCUUACUGAGGAUAUGUUGAAGCCUGUUGAUGAUCUUAAGACAAGAAUCCACAACUGGAUAGCAUCCAAGAAGAGAAAAUAAAUUUCUUUACAUGGAAUAUUUUUUUUGUGUGUAUAUUACUUGGAAUCUUAUAUUAUAUGUUAUGUGAAAAAUAAUUAAAAA